GUUAGCCUGCUAGCCUGCUAGCUCCGGCUGCCCAGGUGAACCAUGGCCAUGUCGCAGGCUCUCUCAGAGGAGGAGUUUCAUCGGAUGCAGGCUCAGCUGUUGGAGUUGAGGACUCAGAACUAUCAGCUGUCAGAUGAUCUCAGGAAAAACAAUACAGAGCUGAACGCCGUCCGUCAGAAAAAUGCCGUGUUGGAAAGAGAUUUUAUCAAAGCUCAGAAGGCUCUGAACAAGAGCAAGAAAGCUCAGGAGGUGGAUGCUCUGCUCAGUGAGAACGAGAUGCUUCAGGGGAAACUUCACAGUCAGGAAGAAGAUUUCAGACUUCAGAACAGCACACUGAUGACUGAGCUGUCCAAGCUGUGCACUCAGAUCGAGCAGCUGGAGAAGGAGAACCAGGAUCUGAAGGAAGGAGGCGGAGCUUCCGCAUCUAGCCCCGCCCCCAACCCCCCCGCCUCCAGCCCUGUGGACGGAGAGCUGCUCCGCCUGCAGGCCGAAAACUGCACCCUGCAGAAGAAGAUGAGAGCCCUCCAGGACCGCUUCGACAAGGAUCAGCAGAGACAGGCGGUCGCCCAGGGCAACCAGGGCGCCGUCGCCACGGAGACCGACGGCUCAGCCAGCGCCAACGGUGUCUCUGAUGUCACAGGGAGAGGGGAGGAGCCGGCAGCGGAGGGAGCCAAUGAGAGAGCGGAACAGACGGAGGCUCAGCUGGAGCACACAGAGAAACAGACACACGGCCUGUCAGAGAAGAGCGUAGAGAAGAUUGUAGCUAAGCAGGCAGCGCUAGGCUGGUCGGCUGCUCUCUGUCCAAUAACUCACUGCUUUGGACCAGAGCUGGAGAUGGCACUGAACACGGAGCAGGAGGAGAAGAGGCUGCUGAAGGAGCAGAUCCACCACCUGGAGGCGUCCAAACAAGCUGAAAUCACCAAGCUGCAGGAAGAGAUUACAAAGCUUUCUGAGAAGUUAAAGAAGAAGCAGGAGAGUUUUCAGCGUCUGCAGGGAGAAAAAGAAGCUCUGUACAACGACAGCAGGACGAAGAUCGAUGAGAUCAACCAGAGGAAAGAGGAGGAGCUGAAGGCGACGAACAUCCGGAUCCAGAAGCUGCAGACGGACCUGAUGACAGCCAAUCAGACGACAGCGGAGCAGAGAGAACAUCUGCAGAGCAAAGAGAAGGAACACGAGAUGGCUGUAAACACACUGAGAGCCCAGGUAGCCAGUCAGAGCGCAGUCAGUCAGGAGCAGGUGGACAACAUCCUGCAGGAGAACGAUGCUCUGAGGACUAACCUAGCUGCUCUAGAACAGGAGAACUCUGCUCUGAGGACUAAUCUGUGUGCUCUGGAACAGAUUCAGACGGUGAAGACGCAGGAGAUGAAUCUUCUUCGUGAGCAGCAGGAGGCGCUAACGGUCGAGCUCCAGCAGAGACGGACCGAGCAGGAGAGUCUGCUGGCUCAGAGAGACGACCUGGACUCACAGCUGCAGGAGUCCAGCUUUGCUAACAGGAAGUUGUUGGAACAGUUAACAGAAGAAGGUCAAGAGAAGGAGAAACUGCUGAGAGAGCUGGAUGAAGCUAAGAAGACAGCAGAGAAGAGGAAGGCCAUGCUGGAUGAUAUGGCCAUCCAGCUGAGCCAGGACAAGUCUGACCACAAGGAGGCGCUGUCAGACCUGAAGCUGCAGCACGAGAAGGAGGUCCUUGGGGUGAGGGCUCGCUAUGAGAAGGAGCUGAGAGGAUUACAUGAAGAAAAGAAUCGCUCUGAGGAGGAGAUCCGACAGCAGCUUAGAGAGGAAAAGGCUCGGACCAAGGAGCUGGAGGGGUUACAGCAGCGAGUGGAGGAGCUGCAGACUCAGGUUCAGUCUAUGGAGGGAACCAAAGGAUGGUUCGAGAGACGCCUGAAGGAGGCCGAGGAGAACAUAGAGAAGAAGACUCUGGAACAUCAGGAAGAGAUCGAACGGCUACAGAAGGAACACACUCUUCAUCUGCAGGAGAAGCAGUCAGAGAUGGAGGGAGUGAAGCAGCAGAUGGUGGAGGUGGAGAAACAGAGGGAUGAACAUGACAGCACCAUCGCUAAACUCAAACAGGAAAUAAAAGACACUGUGGACGGACAGAGGAUCCUAGAGAAGAAAGGAAGCGCUGCGUUGAAGGACUUGAAGCGGCAGCUGCAGCUGGAGAGGAAGCGAGCAGACAAACUGCAGGAGAGACUCCAGGAGAUCCUGACCAACAGCAAGACCAGGACAG